GUUUCGCCCGUUUUCGCAUAAUGAGGGCUGGUUGAACUGAAGUUUUUUGCCUUUUUGAGAGGUUUUUACAUCCCAAUUCACGAUGGAGGGACAGAGACCACACGAAGUGACUCUUUUAAUUUUAUACUUGGUUACUGCAUUGGUGUUGGGCGCAAAUGUAGAAGGAGAGAGCGAUUCUUGUCGAAUGGGGCAGCGAUAUACUGGCGAAAUGGUCAGUAUCGCAAAGGCCAAGGAAAACGCUGAGCGAGAGAAUGGAAUUGUUACCGUCCCUAAGGGAUCAACUGUGAACUCUCCCUCAGAGUGUGAACAAGGUUGCUGCGGUUAUGAUAACUGUACAGUUUACCUGUUUUACCCACAUCCACCCAACCUUAGCGAGGACAAAAAAUAUAAUUGUUUCUACCUCAACUGUCGGCCUCAAGAGCUGUGUUCUGAGGCUCUUGUUAAUGUAAGCGAUAGAGCGGAGGGAUCAGUGGUUGGGAUCCGAGAUCUGCAACAAGAUAAUGCAGUUAUGCCCCAAGCAGAUGGAAAUGCACAAAAGAAUUUGUCCACAGAAAAACCAGCCUCUGAAGUGACGAGUCCUCCCGCUGAUCUGUCACAUGCUGAUGUUUCAUCUGAAAAGUCAUCUGCAACUCCUCUUCCAAAGACCUCUGCGAAUAGCACUGAAAAGACAAUUAAUGUGACAAUGAAAGUUGAAAUUGAAGCCUCAGCAACAUCACUUCCAAAGAAAUUGGUCAGGGAAUUGUAUGGUGACAAUCACACCACAUAUCCAUCCCUGGUUAUAGCUCUUGGAUUUGGUAUUUUGUUCCUUUGUGCUGCUGUUGUUCUGAUCGGUCGUCCUUGGUGGUUUGCAUUUCACAGACCAAGAUAUUCCAAAGUAGAUUAUCUAAUGAAUGGACUUUGACACCUCUAUGUUAUUGUUUUGUAACAAUUGUAUGAUUCCACUUUGCCUGUGUCUGGGGUUACAACAAACAGAGAGGUGUUGAAAUCAGAGAGGGGCACCAAAAUGAAUUGUUCCUGCCACACUUUGAUGUCUCUUUUAAUCUACUAUUGAGGAUGGGUACAGAAAAAUGGAAAUAGUUUUUUGAUAUGCAUUCAAUAGAGAGGGUAAAAUAUUGGUAAUGAUGACAUCAUUAAUACAUUGUCCUUAGAAACACCUUCAUGGUAGGUAUGAGAACCUAUCAAAUUGUGGGUAUAUGGGUAGUUUAGAACAUAAAUUUAUAAAUAGUAAUAUUUUGCGAGAUAUUGGACCACCAUUCCCAACUUGUCAUAAAAAAUCUCCUAUUUAUUUUCACAUAAAAUCUCCUAUUUAUUUUCACAUAUAAUGUUGUUGUAGUUUAAUAUAGUGUGCAUGUAUAUUAGCUGUAGUAGCUAUAAAAACCUGUUAUGUUGUCAAAGCAAUUAAUGUUUAUCAAAAGAAAGAGCCUUCCGAUUAUGAUGCUACUUUAAAUUUGUGUUUCGAUUAUUUUUUAGUUGUAACCAAAUUAUUGUUUGUUGGGAAGGUGUGGUAAUGGUUAGGUUAUUUUAUGACAAAUUUACAUAGCAAAAGUCUUGUUUCUGUUUCUAAAGAUUUGUACAUUGUACAAGUGGAAGAACAAAAGGACACGUAGUCCCCUACUAGGUUCAUCCACC